AUGUCAAAAAAGUUGAAACGCUACCACACAGAUUCCGGAGAUUACGGAGACGGCGAUAAGUACUACCAUUGGCCGGACACGCUGGGUCCGUCACCGCCACCGCCGUCGUCGCCGUCGCCGUUCGGUUUGCCAUCGUCUCCGGCCCCGUCGUUCGGCGGCACCCGCGGCGGCUCGGCGGCCGCUUCGCCGACCACGCCGUUUGCCGGGUUUACCAAGCGGCCGUCACCGACGGAACCGCUGCCCUGCCGGCCGCAGCCGUCGCCCAGCCGUGCGCCUCUGUCGGCGGACAUCGUUAGCUAUCAGACGGGCCAUUCGAACCGUUUGCCGUCGUUCGUCAAAUCGUCGGACGGUCUGGAGGAGUUCCGGUCUCUGAAAGUGAACGUCGGCGACGACGACGAAGACGGCGACCACGACGACUUGGAAAACUACGAAUCGGACGACAGCGACACGGACAACGCGCACGUGUCCGACUACGUCCGCCUGUCGCCGUCCGGCAAAUCGGCACCGUCGCCACUGCCGCCGUCCGAACAACAGAGUACGUCGUCGACGCCGCGGCCGCCUUCGCUGACGGCUUCGGCCACCGCCAAACCGCCCGCGGUUACCGCGCCGCCACCGUCGAUGAUGCGCCGACCGCCGUCGCCAGUCGACGCCCUCGCGAUCGACCAGCUGUCCCCGUCGCCGACCAUGACGCCCAUCCAGCCGACCAUAAUCGACAUCGACGUCUGA